UUUAGCGUCGGCGACGCGCUGCGCGCGCGGGGUUUGCAGGCAGAGCACCCCGUCGUGCUCGUCCCCGGAAUCAUAUCUACGGGCCUCGAGUCGUGGUCCACCGCGCCCGAAUACCGCGCCUUCUUCCGCCAGAAGCUCUGGGGUGGAUUCCAAAUGCUGUCGCACGUCACCUUCAACCGCGACAAGUGGAUGGCCGCGCUCCUGCUCGACCCCGACACCGGGCUCGAUCCCCCGGGCGUCAAGGUCCGCGCGGCGGAGGGGCUGGACGCGGCGAGCAGCUUCAUUCAGGGCUAUUGGCUAUGGUCCAAGGUCAUUGAGAACCUCGCGGUGAUGAACUAUGACACCAACAAUCUGCACCUCGCGCCGUACGACUGGCGGUUGUCGUACUAUAAUCUCGAGGAACGCGACGGCUACUUCUCGCGCCUCAAGACGACAAUCGAAGGAUUCAAGAAGAGACAGGGCAAGAAAGUGGUGAUCGCCGCGCAUUCGAUGGGUAGUUCGGUGCGUUUGCUGCUUCACGUCAAUCAUCGCCAUUCGCUCUGCUGGCGCUGUCAUCUCAUCGUUUUCACUUUCGUUCUCCAUAGCCUCAAAUGGGUCGAGUCGCCUGAGCACGGAAACGGCGGCCCUGAUUGGGUCGAGAAUCACAUUCACGCGUUCAUCUCCAUCGCGGGGACUCACCUAGCAAAAGCCAUGGCCGCGCUCCUGUCGGGCGAGAUGAAAGACACCGUGCAGAUCAACCCUGCCGGCGCGUAUGUGCUCGAGCGGUUCUUCUCGAAGAAGGAGCGCCAGAGGUUGUUCCGGAGCUGGGCGGGCAGCGCGAGCAUGUGGAUCAAGGGCGGCGAGGCAGUGUGGGGCAACGCGACCCACGCUCCGGACGACGAGUCGGACAAGGCGCACACGCACGGCGAACUCAUCGCUGUCGCUGGCGGAAAUGGGAGCGAAUUGGGUACGGUGAGCGCGCGGAAUAUGACGGCGGACGAGGCGGGGACAUGGAUAUUGGAGCACACGCCGACAUCGUUCCAGAAAAUGAUGCAGGCAAACUAUUCGUUUGGGAUCGAGAGGGACGAGGGGGUUCUCGAGCGGAACGAUCGAGAUCACACCAAGUGGUCCAACCCGCUGGAAUCUAGACUGCCCAACGCGCCCUCGAUGAGUAUAUACUGUGUGUACGGCCACGGGAAGGAGACUGAGCGGUCAUAUUGGUAUGCGUCCGGCCCAUACGUGUACGAGGACGGCUUGCUCGCCGACGCGGAGAACCCGACAUGCACCAACUCGUCCGACUGCGUCCGGCCUCCGCUCGACAUGCCGCUCUCGCGACAAAGCUGGAUCGACAAGGAUUACACCGACGAGAGCGUCACGCCCAAGGUCCGCAACGGCGUGAAGAUGGGCGAGGGCGACGGCACGGUGUCCCUACUCAGCCUGGGCGCGAUGUGCGUCGAGGGCUGGAAGCGUGAACGAUGGAACCCGGGCGGGGUCCGGGUCGUCACGGUCGAGCUCCCUCAUCUCCCGGUGGCCACGAUUCCGCGCGGUGGCGCGAACACUAGCGACCACGUCGAUAUCCUGGGCUCUACGGGGCUGAACGAGGUCAUUCUGAAGGUCGCGACGGGCGUGGGCGACGAGGUGCGGGAUAACUUCGUCUCUAGGAUACGAGAAUACGCGAAGAAGAUUAGAUGGGACGGUUGA